CAAGUUCACGAUCAGUUCUUGGUUGGCUGUAGGGAAGUUUAUACCAAAGUAACUAUGUUUAAAAUAACUUUUUUGACUGUUUUGGUGUUUGCUUGGGUCCAAUCAGCCGAACUGCCCGUCGCAAAAUGCAAGCUCGAAGACUCGGUCUGUCUAAAGACCUCUUUUCAAAAAAUGAUGCCCAUAUUCAUGAGCGGUGUGCCAGAUGCAAAUGUUGAAGUUCUAGAUCCUAUGGUAAUGGAUGACCUGGCCUUCGAUUUGGCUGGGUUACAGUUUACAAUGACAGGAGGUGUCAUGAGAGGAUUAAAGAAUUCUGUCGUGGAUAGUGUGCAAUGGGACACAAAGAAAAAGACCUUCGUUGUUGACUUCCAUAUGGACAACUCUGUAAAGGGUCACUAUACUGCUAACGGACGUAUUUUGAUCCUUCCUAUCACUGGUGACGGUCAGAUUAAGAUUAGACUGAAGCGUCUGCAGUUGAAAAUCAAAAUUUCGUACGACAUCGUAGAAGGACUCGACGGAAAGGAUAUUAUUAAGCCUAAAAAAUACAGUUUUGACUUCGAUGUACAAGAGGAUGCUCAUUACCAAUUGACUAAUUUGUUCAACGGCAAUAAGGAGUUGAGCGACACUAUGCUGACCUUCUUGAACGAAAACUGGAAGCAGAUCGCUGCUGAGUUUGGAAGACCUAUGAUUGAUUUAGCGUCAAAGAGAAUAUUCAAGAAUGUAGUUAACUUCUUCGAAUCUAACCCAAUAGAAGAGAUCGCCAGUGUCUAAAUCAAAGUAUUUUCAGUGAAAUAGUUUGAAAAUAAUUUAUAAACUUUGUUGUUUGUUA